AAAAUAAAAAAAAAAAAAAAAAUUCCUGAGACUCAAAUAUCUUACAAUUAAUUGCUUUGAUAAACCUUCCUGAGAUGGUCUUCACAGUCUUCAGACCAUAAAACCCCGGGGGCUUUAUCACUCCAACCCUUCAAAUGUCGAUUCAAAAAUCCCAAACCUUAGAAAAUGAGAUUUCGGGAUAUCUCCAUAAAAGCCGAUCGGAUCGCUCCCGUCUCGCCAUUGUCGCCGUCGCAGCAACAAACGCGGCGGAAGUCUGCAGUGACCAAGGCUUGGUUCGUGGUCUCGGAUUCCGGUGAGUCCCGCAUUGAAGAGGUCGGGAAGUACUCGAUCAUGCGGCGGACGGGCCUGCCGGCCCGUGAUCUCAGGAUCCUCGAUCCCAUGCUGUCGUAUCCAUCAACGGUGCUCGGGAGGGAGCGGGCCAUUGUCGUCAAUCUGGAGGACAUCAAGGCGAUCAUCACUGCUACGGAGGUGUUGGUGCUGAGUUCGAAGAGCCCGUCGGUUUCGGCUCUUGUCGAGGAUCUUCAGGACCAUGUGUUGAAUCUCCACAGGACGCCUCGACAGGCAGCUGAGAGCAGUGAUACUGACAUGGGGGUGACAAACAAAGGUCCUAGGUACUCUCCCUCAUUUCUUUCUCAUCGCAAGCCAGAAAGCCCUUCUAGCAUGGGAAUUUCUCAACAGCGUCAUGUUUCCUUGGAAAAUUCUAUGAUGAUCCCUGAAAUGAAAGACUGCAGUCCUAGGUCUGAAUUGGAUGGGCCCAAGGAUGGGUGUCCCAAGAUGCUACCUUUUGAGUUUAGAGUGCUUGAAGGCUGUCUUCAAUCUGCUUGCAAGUGCCUUGAAUCUGAGACUUCCAUGCUGGAGAAAGAAACUUAUCCCGCUUUGGAUGAAUUGACCUCUAAAAUGAGUACACUUAAUCUUGAACGUGUUAGACAGAUAAAAAGCCGCCUAGUCACAAUAUCUGGGCGUGUCCAGAAGGUGAGAGAUGAGCUUGAACAUUUGUUGGAUGAUGACAUGGAUAUGGCUGGGAUGUAUUUGACAGAUAAGCUUGAUCAUCAGCAAAAUGAAGAGACCUCGUCGACGGAUGAAGUAGAUGAUGAUGCAUUUAAAAUAGAUGAUGAAAGGGAUGAAGAUUCCAAGAGCAAGGCCAAAAGCAGCUAUGUAAGCUUGAAUGGUUUUAAGCCGAAUAUUGAGGAGCUAGAGAUGCUUUUAGAAGCUUACUUUACACAAAUAGAGGGCACCUUAAGCAAAUUAUCAACUCUGCGGGAGUACGUGGACGACACCGAGGAUUAUGUAAACCUCACGUUGGAUGACAAACAGAAUAAGCUCCUGCAGAUGGCAGUGAUGAUCAAUACAGCCAUCGUGGUACUAACCUUGGCCGAUAUUACGAUGGCCGUAUUGAGCAUGAACAUCCAAAUCAAAAUAUUUGACGCUACACAACCACAAUUCGUCGAGAUGGCCUUCGGGAUUGUAGGCUGCUGUGUCGUUCUAUACAUCAUAGCCAUUGGAUUGGGAAAGAAAACAGGAUUGUUGGGAUGAUGCAAAUACUCCUGGUGGGCCACAGGUGAAUCUUUCUUGCUUUGUUCGUUUGUUCUCUGAUUGGAUGUUGGACUAAGAGACUUUGAUGAUGUGUGAAAAAAACAUUGAUGCUUUGUUAAAUAUACUAAAAUCCACUGUUAACCUUCAGCAAACAAGGCAUUGUUAAAAAAUAAA